CGGCAAAAUCACAGUUCUCCAACAGGCUUCGUUGAGUGAAGUUAAACGUGUAGUUGAAAGUGUAGUUCCAUAGCGAAAACCAUGACGAACACGGAUCUGAAAGCCUUGGAACUCCUGUUCCAGCGACCCCUGGAGCCGGCAUUCACCACCCGAGACUCCGGAAAAACUGUGUUGGAACUGCCCGAUUCCUUCUAUACGGAUCGCUAUCGCAAUGACACCGAGGAGGUGGGCAAUCGUUUCUCCAAGGACGUGGAUCUGAAGAUCCCAAUUCAGGAGUUGAGCAACGUUCCCAGUCUGGAGUUCACCAAAAAGAUUGGUCUCAAGAAUCAAUUUUCGCUGUUCAACAAUCGCCAUCGGGAGAUCGCCAGUGAGUUGAUCACCCUCUUCAUGGGUGCUCCCAAUCUCAGACAAUUCGUGUCGCUUUGCGUUUACACCAAGGAUCGUGUGAAUCCUGUGUUGUUCCAAUAUGCCUACGCCGUAGCCGUUGCCCAUCGCCCGGAUACGCGUGAAGUGCCCAUUACCAACAUUUCCCAGAUCUUUCCGAGCAACUUUGUAGAACCUUCCGCCUUCCGGGAUGCCCGUCAGGAAGCUUCUGUCAUUGGAGAGAGCGGCGCUCGUGUCCAUGUGGACAUUCCGCAAAACUACACGGCCUCGGAUCGCGAGGAUGAACAGCGCCUGGCGUACUUCCGUGAGGACAUCGGUGUGAACAGCCAUCACUGGCACUGGCACUUGGUCUACCCGACCACAGGACCCACGGAGGUGGUCAACAAGGAUCGUCGUGGCGAGCUCUUCUACUACAUGCACCACCAGAUCCUCGCGCGCUACAAUGUGGAGCGCUUCUGCAACAAUCUGAAGAAGGUGCAGCCGCUGAACAACCUGCGUGUAGAGGUUCCCGAGGGCUACUUCCCCAAGAUCCUGUCCAGCACGAAUAACCGCACCUAUCCCGCCCGAGUGACCAACCAAAAGCUGAGGGACGUGGACCGCCAUGAUGGGCGUGUGGAGAUCUCCGACGUGGAGCGCUGGCGUGAUCGCGUUCUGGCUGCCAUUGAUCAAGGAUACGUUGAAGACACUUCUGGCAAUCGUAUACCAUUGGACGAGGUUCGUGGCAUCGAUAUCCUGGGCAACAUGAUUGAGGCAACGCCAGUCCUAUCCAUCAACUAUAAUUUCUAUGGCAAUCUGCACAACGAGGGACACAACAUAAUCUCCUUCGCCCACGAUCCCGAUUACCGUCACUUGGAGGAAUUCGGUGUGAUGGGCGAUGUGACCACGGCCAUGAGGGAUCCAAUCUUCUACAGGUGGCACGGAUUCAUCGACACGGUGUUCAACAAGUUCAAGACCCGCCUGAACCCGUACAAUGCCGGCGAGCUUAACUUCGAUGGUAUUACUGUGGACUACAUUGAGGCCAAGAUUGGCAAGUCCAAUACCAAGGCCAACACCCUGUUGACCUACUGGCAGAAGUCGAGUGCCGACUUGGCAGCUGGCCUGGACUUUGGUCCAUCGGCCGAUGGCAACAUAUUCGCCUCGUUCACCCAUCUGCAGAAUGCUCCCUUUACCUACACCUUCAAUGUGACCAAUAAUGGAGCCAGACGGACGGGUACUUGCCGUAUCUUCAUCUGCCCCAAGGUGGAUGAGCGUAAUCAGGCUUUGAAUCUGGAAGAGCAGCGACUGUUGGCCAUCGAAAUGGACAAGUUCACAGUUGAUUUGGUGCCCGGUGAGAACACCAUCCGCCGCCAGUCGACAGAGUCCUCGGUGGCCAUUCCCUUCGAGCGCUCAUUCCGCCCGGUUGGAGCGGACUAUCAGCCCAAGGCCGCCGAUUAGUUGGCACGCUUCAAGUUUUGCGGA